AUGGCCGACGAGAGCAUGCGCAGCAUCGCCGACCUGCGCGAUGGCGCAGCCCUCUGCUUUGCGAUUGCCGAGGCCGUCGCUGUCGAGGACGAUGACGUGGCCACGUGGCAGAACACGAUCAAGUUCCUCGAGGGCUCUCUGGCCAUUGCCAAGCAGCACCACGCCGAGUUUGUCAAGACCGCGGCCAUGAGUGGGUCGGCGGGCGACAACCUCAUCUUCACGCUGCCCAAGACGACCUGCAUCGUGCCGAAAGGCAAGCUCGACAUUGAUUUCGGCGACUACAACGUGACGAUCACGGGCAAGGACUUUGUCGUGACGACACCGUACACGAACGUAGACGCGCUGCUCAAGCUGCCACGCCACAGCACCGUGUCCAAGACCAAGGUAGCGUCGUACGAGUUUGUGCUGCGGCUGGAAACGCCCGUAAGCUACCGCAAGUCGACGCUCAAGUACAUUGCAUUCGAUGUAAGCGCGACGAGCGCAGUGAUUCCCAACGAAAACAUCCUUCUGCACGACGCUGAACUGGAGAACGAUGCGUCCGUAACACAAGCCAAGCUCCACGUCGCGGUCCAGAUGCAGCUCCAACGGCUCAUGAGCCACAUCCGCGUCAUCGCCGAGCCCAUGACGGGCGACCGACGCUACGUAAGCACGCACGGCGAGUCGUUUGUCAAGUGCUAUCGCAAGACCACGAGUGGCCACCUCUUCUUUCUUCGCGAAGGGUACUCCUCUUCUCGACGCCACAGAGUCGUGAUGCCUGUAUAUUACUAG